AUGCCCCAAAGAGGGGGCCGUAAAGUUGCCUUCAGUGCCAAACAGAAGAAACAACAGCUGAAGGAUAAGAGAGACCACAAGAAGACCACAACAAGAGGAUUACAAGAGACACAACACGUGACCACUGAUGACACGAGUGAAGCGUUCAGUGGCGACGACUCGGCCGAAGAGUCGGUGAUUGUUGGCCACAAUUUGGGCGGCGAUUCCACGGCCUCCACAUCUGUUGGUCAGUCGGGUGUCCGACAAAUGAAUGUCCAAAACCGAGUCGACAAAAGUCGAGACGUGAAUCGAUUCGCUCUUCAAUUCUUCAGAGAAUCGGACGAAGAGUUGCGACAAAAGCGCGAAGAAAGCGGUCAACCCUUUCAAGUGUUGCCCGAAAGCGGUCGCGAAGUGUCAGUCGAAGAGGUGUUCAGUGGCGGCGGUGUUGGCGACCAAUCGGCACACGAUAUGCCGCGACGGCCCAAAUGGGACCGCAAUACGAGUGCCGCACAACUGGAAGCGGCCGAACACAAGUACUUCCGCCACUAUUUGGACACAAUUACGGCAACCAAUGAGAGACUCAGUUAUUUUGAGCUCAAUCUGGAGACGUGGCGCCAGUUGUGGCGCGUCCUCGAGAUGUCGGACAUUGUGCUCCUCAUCGCAGACAUACGACACCCGGUGUUUCACUUCCCGCCCUCUCUAUACCGCUAUGUCGUCCACGAACUCCGCAAAGACAUGAUUCUAGUGCUCAAUAAAGUGGAUUUAGUGGACGCAUCUCUGGUGAUUGCGUGGACUCAUUAUCUGAAGCACACGUUUCCCGAACUCCAUGUCCUGUCGUUCGCCUCUUACGCCGGAAUGAGACUCAAGAACAACAAGAAACGCAUCGGUAAACUACGGAUGGCCUCCAACGCCGCCCGCGCUCUGCAGGCGUUGUGUCAACGCAUUUGCGGACAACGCGUCGAUCUCUCGAACUGGAGGAAGAAAAUCGACGACGAAUUGCGGGCCGAAGAGUCGACCGCCAGUCGUCCGGACGACACCGACGACGAUAACGAUGACUCGGAUGAAGACACCCAACGAAGAGAUCCAUUAAAGACGGGCCAACAGAAGCGCGCGAAAGUGGAUCUCAAUUAUUACGAGCAAACGGAGCGCUUCAAAGACGGAGUGGUGACCAUCGGUUGCGUCGGUCACCCGAAUGUCGGCAAAUCAUCGCUACUGAACGCCAUUAUGGGUCGCAAAGUGGUCAGUGUUUCGCGCACUCCCGGACACACCAAACACUUUCAGACCAUUUUCCUGACGCCAACCGUACGGCUGUGCGACUGUCCCGGACUGGUGUUCCCCUCGCGAGCGCCCAAAGAGCUACAGGUGUUGAUGGGCUGCUAUCCCAUCGCACAGCUCCGGCAGCCCUUCGCAGCGGUGGGCUAUAUAUCGCAACGAAUACCCGUUCAACGCCUCCUACGUCUGCAGCACCCGAACAGCGAUGAGUGCGUGUCGUCGGCCUCCAGUGGUGGCCAACAGUGGUCGGCGUAUGACGUGUGCGAGUCGUGGGCCAUAAAGCGGGGCUUCUAUACGGCCAAAGCCGCGCGACCCGACGCCCACCGCGCGGCCAAUCACUUGCUCCGUAUGGCACUCGACGGACGCACUCUAUGUCUGGCGUUCUUUCCGCCCGAUUAUUGUCGACAGAAGAGCACCGUUUGGGCCACACAUCCGGACGUGGAGUAUAUGGAGACGAUUCGCGGCCACCGAUUGGCAGACGAUUCCGACGGCGAAGAGAUGGCCGACAAUGACGUGAAGGAUAGCGAAGAGGAGAGUGAAGGCGACGACGAAGAAGAGGAAGCGAUCCAAACGAAGAGCCGAUUCGCUGUUCUCGCAGAGUCUGACUGA